UUUCUAGUAUCAAUUAAUGUGGCGAAGAUGAGCAAUGAACGAGCGUGUGCGCUUCAGCGCUCUUCAUUGCGCACCCGCUCGUUGCUGUUGCUGUUGUUUUUUUUUUUGCCUUCAUUCAUUUGUUUACCAAACCAAAUACCCAUAUUUCGAGUGUUUUAUAUGAAAAAUAGCAGAACUACGCGCGCACGCGCAACAGUUAAACCGAGCCAAUAAUAAUAAGUAUGUUGUGUUGUACACCCGAAAGAGAGAGAACUGAAUGCAAAAUAAAUAAGUCAAGAGAUGGAAAUAAAUUACAGAAGAAAAAAAAAAUCAAUUUACUACAUCUUACGCAGUACUUCAUACGGUACAAUUGUGGGGAGCUUGAACACAUUUUUCGUAUAUAAAACGAUCACAUCGUUAGCGCAAUUCAACAUAAUUUUACUUCAAUUCAAUCAACAUACAUUUACUCUUGACGCUGGUAGUGCAGGUAGCUUUGCAGUGCGUUUCUGUUUUUCCGUUUGCUUUCGUUCGUUAGUUUUCUUACUGUUUUCGCGAGUCAAUCUAUUGUUUUAGGUGCGCGUACACACACACACACACAGCCACAUUCUAUUAUGAUCAAAUCGUAAUCGAGUGAUCAGUUUAUCACACAAAACAAAAAGAAAACAAACAAACAAAUUAAAAACGACAAAUGCAAUUGAAAUAAACAUACAACUAUCAAAAGUGUUAGAAUCAUAAUUUAAGACCAGUUUCAGUUCGAUAUCAGCCUGGUAAUCAUAACAAUGGAUCCAAAACUUCAAAUCACAAUGAACCACUGUGCUAUUGUUUUAUUUGUGGUGUGCAACGUCUUAUUUGUUGACGUUCAUGCUGAUGUUUCGAGUAUAGAUGGUAUAAAAACAUUUCCGUCGACGACAUCGUCCACGUCACCCGAGAACUCAAAUAGCUUUAGCAUACUGACAAAAGAAUUCCUCAAUAAGCCCGAUGGUAGUGAAGUGGGUAAACGGAAUUCGCAAAAGCCAAGCGGCCGAAAUCCAGCACGUGACAAUGCCAUCAGUGCAACCGACAACAAUUUACCCGAAUCCGAUGAAUCCGAUGAACGUCAAGCAUACUAUUAUCCUAAGCCCAAGACCCCAUUCGAACUAGGCACCCCACAAAUUCCGGAAAGCACAAAUAUUCACACAAACACCGUGCCACCGAAGAACGAUGACAUCGAGGACUUUGAUGGUUACCAAUAUCCCAAGCCAUCCAGGGCUUUUCCUUUCCCGCCGACCACAACUUCGAAUCCAGACGCGGAAAGCUUACCAACUGACUCGGCCCGACUUAGAAAACUUUAAGCAAUGAAUAGAAGAGAAAAAACUGGACGCCACGCUGCGUGUGUUAGUGUUUGUGUGAUUAUUUGUAAUAAAUCUCGUUGUAAUUAUGUUGAUUUUCACUAAG